CGACGAGUGUGUCGUUGUGGCAGCGACGAGGAGAAGCGCGGCGAUGAUUCCACUGCGUUGUUGAGCUCACGUUUCGAAGGUCUGUUUGUCCUCGUUUCGAUUUCUCGUGGGGGACCUCGUGACGCUUCCCCCUCCCGUCGCGUUUCGUCAUUCUCAUUGCCCCGUCGCGUUGGAGCCUCUCACCCCCUUUUUGCUCCCACCUCUGGUUAGGGUUUAAGUGAUCACUCUUCCCAGCUGCUGUUGCUGUUUAGCGCUCUGCUCAUCCAUUUCGGUAAUCUCAGGUCAGGCCUGAGAGUAUAAUUCGUUCAACUUGAGCAAACAUGGAGAGGAGAUUUCGUGCAUGUUCAAGUUGAAAAGGUUCCGAGCUGGUCAAGGUGGAUUCAAGCUGGUGAGUCUGUUCUUUUCCAAUGGCGGAGAAAAUUUCGCCAGGAUCGCAUCAGGGGUACUGGGGUCCAAUCACUGCGAGCACGGAGUGGUGUGAAAAGAAUUAUGAGGUCACUCCGAUGGUGGCUGAAUUUUACAAUACUAUAUCCAAUGUCCCCGGUAUCAUUCUUGCACUGAUAGGUCUAUAUUACGCCAUCAGCCAGAAAUUCGAAAGACGGUUCAGCGUUCUUCAUCUGUCGACUAUUGCGCUGAGCAUUGGCAGCAGUCUUUUUCAUGCCACACUUAAAUAUGCUCAACAGCAAAGUGAUGAGACUCCUAUGGUAUGGGUGAUGCUUCUCUACAUCUACGUGCUCUACUCUCCAGAUUGGCAUUAUCGGAGUACAAUGCCUACUGUCCUGUUCCUGUACGGAACUGUUUUUGCCAUUCUGCACUCGCAGUUUAGGUUUGUUGUGGGAUUCCAACUGCAUUUCGUCUUGUUGGCCCUGCUUUGUCUACCGAGGAUGUAUAAAUACUACAUCCACACCACAGAUCCAGCAGUGAGGAAACUGGCUCGUAAGUAUGUCUUGUUUCUUGUUAUGGGUGCAAUAUGCUGGCUGGUAGACCGGCACUUGUGCAAUCAGGUAUCCAAGCUCCGGAUAAACCCUCAAGGCCAUGCUUUGUGGCAUGUGUUCAUGGGAUACAUCUCUUAUCUCGGCAACACAUUUUUACAGUAUUGCCGAGCUGAGCAACUCAAUUGGAACCCGAAGGUUGAGCAUGUGUUGGGAGUUUUGCCUUACGUGAAGGUGCAGAAGAGCGAUCGUGAUCGGAAGGAGCAAUAGGACCAAGUAUGACCAACGUGCAUUAUGCAUGUUUUUGUGCUAAGCCAUCGUAGGCGCAUGGUUGGUCAACAAUACAGUUAUUAGAUGGUAACGUAUGAAAGUCAACCUUUGUAAUGUAUCGUCUGUUUCCUUUCUUGGUCUUAAUUCCUGUUUUGUAAAGAGCGGUUAUUGGAAAAGAUCUUUCCUUCCUGGUUUGUGAGCCAGGCCCGGCCAUGAAAAUCUGUAUUACAAUGAAACUUUUCAAAAGAGCGUACAAAAUGACCUUUCUCGUUCCUUUGGACUUCACAGGUUUCUCUGCUAGUAUUAGGAUUUAUGGAGCUGCCAUGACACGUAGUCUAAAGUAUUGGCUCACUCGUACUCUGUACAUGAGCACCGUUCUUGUUCAAUUAGGUGUAUCAUGUCGUCAGAUUCAUUCAACCUUGAACAGGUGAUACAAUCAAUUUCUUUGCAAAAUAUGACCAAUUGGGUGUCGAUUAUGAACUGA